AUGAGCUCUGAGCGCCUGCUCCACGGCGGCUGCCUAUGCGGCCGCAACCGGUACAUCGUGGAAGUCCCCCACGACGCAGCCCAAUCCGCGAAAGUGGUAUUCAGCUCACAUCCAUCGCACCGUUCCUCCCUCGCCACCCCGCUGCCAGCCUACCUCCGCGUGCCGCUGGCAUGGUACCACAGCGCGACGGUGCCGCUGCAGGCGGACGAGACGCGCGCGCAGAUCCGGCGCACCGACCCUGCGGCGGCGGCAGCGCACUACUACACGGCGCAGCGCCACUUCUGCGGCUUCUGCGGCACGCCGCUGGCCUACUGGAGCGAGGCGCCGCGCGGCGAGGCCGAUUUCAUCCAGCUCGCGCUGGGCAGCCUGUCGCCGCGGGACCUGGUCGAUCUGGAGGAGCUCGGGGUGGUGCCUGGUUCGGAGGGGGAGGAGGGGGAGGAUGAAGAGGAUGAUGAUGAUGAUCAUAGUGAGGAGGGGAGGGAUGGUGUUACUGCUGCUGAGGUAAUCCGCGGGACGGUGGGCGCGGUGCCAUGGUUUGAUGCGCUCACCGAGGGCAGCAGGCUGGGGACGCUCCGCAGGGCGAAAGGCAAGGGGGCCAACAGGUCGGGCACGGUGAGGGUGGAGUGGGAGAUCGUCGAGUGGACUGAGGACGACGCCGCUGAGAGCCCACGGAAGCGGAAGAUUGAGGACGUGGAAGGCGCAGUGGCGGUUGGCGAUGUGGAGCAAGUGUAG